AUGUCCCUCUUGGGUAAGAUUCAAUUCUUGAAACUUUGUUCUCAAAAUUUUGUUAUACCUGGUAAUAUCUCUCGUCGUGUUUCUCGGGUUAAGUGUCGCAACAUUUUUAAUGUUGAACGAGCUUUCCUCAGAGACGAAAUUAUUUAUUUUUCUGAAGCGCUCAGUUCAAUUAAAACCCAUUAUGUUUCUAUCUGGGGCCUUGCAGUCCCCAUUGUUGGCGUAAAUGCGUUUGCCACCGCCUCCAAAAUAGUAGACAAAGUACUAACUGUCAAUGAAAAUUGUAUUGCUUUGUCCAUCUUGCGACUUGUCGAACAAGAAAAAGCCGUUGUGGAAGGCGCAGGUGCUGUGGGUCUAGCAGCAAUAUUGCAAAAUUUGUGCCCAGAACUGCUUGGAAAGAAGGUUGUUGUAGCUUUAUGUGGUGGUAACAUAGAUACGCCUGCCCUAGGGAGAGUUUUGGAACGAGGAUUGGCAGCUGACGGUAGAUUAAUUAAAUUUGUGACUACUAUCAGUGAUAGGCCAGGAGGCCUAGCUGAACUGACCAGACUAAUAUCCAGUAUCGGAAUAAGUAUAAAAGACAUUUUCCAUGAACGAGCCUGGCUAACAUCAAACGUGUUUGCCGUCAGGGUAAAAAUUAUCGCAGAAUCAAAAGGACACGAACACACAAACUCCCUGAAGGAUUUGUUGUCUUUGUACUAUGAAGAUAUUAAUUGGUCUCAAGCUGUCUGUCUCCCUAGCUGUCCCACUUUCUUUCUGUUUGUCUCAGUGUCUUCCUUUUGCCUGUGUAGCUGUCCCGUUUUUUCUUUCAUGAAAACAAUUUUCCGUAAAUUAAACGCGGACUUACUUACAAUCUAA